AUGAAUUUCGAGACGAAACAAUGUACGUGUUUACAUGAAAAUGUCAAUGAUCAAUAUCAUGUGAACAUGUCAUGUGUAAAAGUGAAGCUAUUCAUUGAAUUGAUUCAAUUAAUCCCUUUCAUUAGUACUUUACUCGUUUUGGCUGAUUUUUAUACAUUGACACUUGUGGUAUUUGUUUAUAUUUAUCAAAAACGAUCAUUGAUAGACUAUUUACCAACACUCGAUGAAUACGAUUUAGCAUAG